AUGGAGGAUGUUGUUCUUGGCGCGGCUGCGGCCAGCGAGGUUGGACAACAGUCCCGUGACGAAACUCUUGGCAUGCGCUUUGCCGGCGAGGAGCCUUCCGUGGAGGGCGACAAUGGCGGCCGCCUCCACCGCCUGGGAGCUCCCUCGGUGCUGCUUGCUGUCGACGUAGGUGGUCCACGCGUCUGCGGCCUCGUCGUAGGCCCUCAACUGGCAUCUGUCCUUGCAGUCGGCAGCGUAGAGCCAGCCGUCGAGGCACGCGCUGGGGCUCCGCCAGCCGGUGACCAUGCCGUCGAGGACGACGGACCACGCGUCGGCGUCCGGGGGAGAGGCUGUGCGGACGUGCGUGCUGACCCGGCGCUGGCGCCACCUCUGGAAGUCCGCCAUGGGCCUGCGCAUUUGGGCGGCGAGGACCAUGAAGCGGCAUCUGUGACGGAUAUCAGGGAGUUUGUGGACCAUCUACUGCUCCUUCGCGGUGGCUCACCUCUUGACAUUUGCGUGCUCGACUUGUGUGAAUAUGAAGACGAAGAGAUUCCCCGUAUGAAACUCUGGAUCCGGCAUGUUCUGAUGUGCAAAGUCCAAGUGCUAAGCCUUGAUAUUAGACGGAUUAACAAUGGCUGGGACCCCUGGCUUGGUCUGCCUCUCGUCUCUCAUGAGAAUGUGAAGAGGCUAAAGCUCGGAUGUACAACUCAAUGA